UAAUGCAAAAGCCUUCUUUUUUCCGAACUAAACUCCUCCAUUUUCAUUUUUAUUUCUUUCUCAUCCUUUGCUAAAAUCGCCGUCCCCAGUGAAAGCUUCUUCUUUUCUUUUCUUUUUUUAAGUAUUUUCGUCGGAAGCGUCGUCGUCAACGGCCGCCAACGCACUAUUUAACACCUCCUUGAGGGAUUUCGCGACGGAGGGAUCGGUUUUCGAGGUUGCGAUCGGAGGUUUUUCGAGGUGGAAGAUGACGGCGGCGCGUGAUUUUCAGUGAAAGAGAGGAUGCUGUAUGUGGAAAGAGUGAAGUGAAGCCAUCGUUUUGGAGGUGAUUUUGAAGAAAGCUUAGUCUCAUAAAAGAUGGAGAAUAGUUCAUAUUUUGUUGCAUCUAAGCACAGGCUCAGUACCUUUUUCUCCCUCAUUUUCCGUUCUCCUACUUCCUAUCAUCCAUUGUUAGCCUCUGCUGUGUCGAAGCUAAUAAUGCAAGACCCGGGGAACCGUUUACUUGUUGGUAAAGAUGAGAAGUCAGUGAGGCAGCUCAUAAGAAUGUUAAACAGUGGCAAUCGCCGUUCGGUUGAACAAGCUUGCUCUUCUUUAUCAAAUCUUGCUGGUAAUCUUCAUAGUGAGUUGUUAAUAAAAUGCGACAUCAUGCAACCAAUUGAACAUGUUUUGAGGUCUCCUUCCCCUGAAGAUCUGGUCUCUGUGCUGCAAGUUGUGGUCACACUAGCCUUUGGGUCUGAUACUGUAGCUCAUAAGAUGCUAAGUAAGGAUAUUAUGAAAUCAUUAGAGAUACUGUUUGGCCAUAAAAACCCAGAGGUGCAAAGGCUUGCUUUGCUAGCUGUUGGGAAUUUGGCCUUUUGCCGAGAGAAUCAUAACAUUCUUGUCACUUCUGAAAACUUGAGGGAACUUCUCAUGCGGCUGACGGCUACACCCGAGCGACGAGUAAAUAAAGCUGCAGCUCGUGCUUUGGCAAUUCUUGGAGAGAACGAAAGCUUGCGCCGUGCUAUUAAAGGGAGACAGGUCCCGAAAACAGGCAUACGCAUACUUUCGUUGGACGGAGGUGGCAUGAAAGGUCUUGCAACUGUGCAGAUCCUUCAAGAAAUUGAAAGGGGAACAGGAAAGCGAAUGCAUGAGCUAUUUGACCUUAUAUGUGGGACUUCAACGGGUGGCAUUUUCGCAUCUGCACUUGGUAUUAAGUUGAUGAGCUCGGACCAAUUGGAAGAAAUAUACAGAAAUCUUGGGAAAGUUGUUUUCUCUGAACCUGUGCAAAAGAAAAAUGAAGCCGCAACUUGGAAACACAAGUUGGACCAGCUUUAUAAAAGUUCAUCACAGAGUUUCAGAGUUGUUGCAAAAGGAUCUAAACACAAUGCAGAAAAGUUAGAGAAGUUGCUACAGGACAUGUGUGCUGAUGAGGAUGGUGAUGACAUAUUAAUUGAGACUGCUGUGAAAAACAUUCCGAAAGUUUUUCUCGUGUCAACUUUAGCGAGUGUUACGCCUGCGCAACCUUUUAUAUUCCGCAAUUAUCAGUACCCUGUUGGAAAGCCCGAGGUGCCUAUUGCGACGUCUAAAAGUUCAGGAACCACUAUGCUAGGAUCUCCAACUACGGGUACCCAGGUUGGCUGCAAACGAAGUGCUUUUGUUGGAAGUUGUAAACAUCUUCUGUGGGAAGCUAUAAGAGCAUCUUGUGCUGCUCCGUAUUAUCUUGAUGACUUUUCCGAUGGUGUAUACCGUUGGCUCGACGGUGCUCUAUUGGCAAACAAUCCAACUAUCUUCUCCAUACGAGAAGCACAACUUCUGUGGCCUGAUACUAAAAUUGAUUGUAUAGUUUCAAUUGGAUCUGGCUCUCUUCCUACCAAGGCUCGAAAAGGUGGUUGGCGAUAUCUAGAUGCAGGGCAAGUGCUGAUUGAGAGUGCAUGCUCUGUAGAUCAUGCAGAGGAAGCUUUGAGGACGCUGUUACCUAUGCACCCUGAGAUCCAUUACUUCCGGUUCAAUCCAGUCGAUGAGCGAUGUGACAUGGAGCUGGAUGAGACGGAUCCAACGAUUUGGGUAGAGUUGGAAGCUGCAACGAAGGAUUACAUCGAUAACAAUUCGGAAACAUUCAAGGAUGCUUGUGAAAGACUUCUUGCACCCAUUAAAAAUGCAUAAGUGGAGAGAGUUAUAAAUAUAAAUCUCAACCAAUCAUGUAUUUUGUUGUUACAGUGUAAAAGAUAUAAAUGUUGUAAAUCGUAUUACGUAGAUGAAGAUGGAGGGAAUAAGAAAGAAAACAUCUGAGACCUUUUUGUGAUGAAUCAGAUGAGAGCAGUAAUAUAUAUAUAUAUAUAUAUAUAUAUAUAUAUUUGCAGAAACUCUGAAUUAAAUCA